AUGGAGCCAUCGGGAGGCAUCCCUCCGGCGCGUACGGCGGUUCAAUCGCCCCCAUCAGGCAAAAUAGCUCCCAAAGAAGUCACAAAACAAGAAAAUAUUUCCUAUGCUAACACCAUUAGCGCCCCAUCUUCAUCUUCUCAGAUCCCCAACCCAAGAUUCUUACGACUGGAAACAGUAUGGUUCCGAAGGGUAAUUAAAAUAGAUGAAAUGCAAAUGUGGCUACAAAAGCGGUGGCCGGACUUCAAGCCAGAAGAGUACUUACCAGUCGCUCCAGCCUGGGUUCUCUUGCCCGCUUUACCAUAUCAUAUGCACGAUUGGCAUUAUAUUAAGCAGCUUUUGAGCUUCGUUGGUUCUCCACUUGCCCUAGAUGUUGCUACAAUGGGAAUAACUAGGCCAAGUAUGGCCAAAAUUAGAGUGGAGGUCGAUUUGCUUAAGCCGUUACCACAAAGUGUAUUUGUGGGACAGGAAUUUGACGAUUCACCGCUAAAAGGUUAUACUCAAAAAUUAGAAUAUGAAGGUCAUGUGCCGAAGUAUGGUAAAUAUUGUCAAAAAGUGGGUCACUACAUAGUUAAUUGUAGGUCUCUAGAAAAGGAAAAGGCUGCUCAAGAGAAGGAGGAGGGUGAAGGUGACAAGAUUACCAAAAAUAAUGAGGAUGCACAAUCUAUGAACAAAAUGAAGGGAAACAACAAUGAAGGCAUAGAGGAGACAAUUCAAGCAGACUCACACAGUGUCGACAUUGAAAAAAAGCAACAGGAAGAUGGACUAGAUGAUAAUAAGAUCAUUAAAAACAAGGAGGAGAAAAGUAUGAAGAAGAAAACUAAAAAUAAGAAAGCCAAAAAGAUGCCAAAGAAGAAAAGCAAAGUCAAGUUCAAACAUGCCUAG